UUGUGCACGUAUAGGGAUGGACCUGUCUCCGGGGGACCCUCAGGCUGCCUUCCCACCACCCUCCUUGGACUGAGCAGAUAUUGGGGCUGAUUCCCCCCCAAGUGUCGGAGGAACCAUGCACCGAGCUUCCAUCAGCCUGUGAUAGAAAAUAAGAGAGAAAGCAGAGGAAGCAGCUGGAGGAGGAGGGGGAGAAGCGGAUUCUCUGGUUGCUAAGUGUCUGUGAGAAAUCCCAGUCAUGGCUCAGUCUUCUGAUGCAAGUGUCGUUGGAGUUGCAGAUCCUGAGGACAACACUCCUAACAUGAUUGUCUACAGAAAAAUUGAAGAUAUCAUCACCAGGAUGCAAGAUGAUAAAUCUGGCGGGGUCCCUAUACGAACAGUCAAAAGCUUCCUGUCUAAAAUCCCAAGUGUGGUUACAGGAGCUGACAUUGUCCAGUGGCUCAUUAAGAACCUCAUCAUUGAAGACCCAGUGGAAGCAAUACAUUUAGGAAGCCUUAUAGCAGCCCAAGGUUACAUCUUCCCAAUAUCUGAUCAUGUCCUUACGUUGAAGGAUGAUGGAACCUUUUACCGUUUUCAGGCUCCAUAUUUCUGGCCUUCAAAUUGCUGGGAACCAGAAAACACAGACUAUGCUAUCUAUCUAUGCAAGAGGACCAUGCAGAACAAAGCAAGACUGGAGUUGGCAGAUUAUGAAGCCGAGAAUUUAGCAAGACUGCAGCGGGCAUUUGCAAGAAAAUGGGAAUUCAUCUUUAUGCAAGCAGAGGCGCAAGUCAAAAUUGAUAGAAAAAAGGAUAAAACUGAAAGAAAGAUCCUGGACAGUCAGGAGAGAGGAUUCUGGGAUGUGCACCGACCAGUGCCUGGAUGUGUGAAUACCACAGAGAUGGACAUAAGAAAGUGUCGUCGAAUGAAGAAUCCACAGAAGGUGAAAAAGUCUGUAUAUGGUGUAUCAGAGGACUCUCAGUCACAAAGCCCAGUGCACAUGGCUUCCCAUGUGAUUAGAAAAACUACAAAAGAUGACUUGCGAAAACAGAUAGAUUUUUUGAAUGUUCAGAUAGAUCGACAUUGUUUAAAGAUGUCCAAAGUAGCUGACAGCUUUAUUGCUUAUUCCGAACAAUACACAGAGUAUGACCCUUUCCUUACUCCGGCUGAUCCCUCCAAUCCAUGGAUUAGUGAUGACGCGACUUUCUGGGAUCUAGAAGUUAGCAAAGAGCCAUCUCAGCAGCGUGUGAAGAGGUGGGGAUUCUGCCUGGAUGAAAUGCUUAAAGACCCAGUAGGACGAGAGCAGUUCCUUCGCUUUGUGGAAUCAGAGUUCAGUUCUGAAAACCUCAGGUUUUGGAUGGUUGUCCAAGAUCUGAAGAAGCAACCUUUACAGGAAGUACCGAAAAGGGUAGAGGAAAUAUGGCAAGAGUUUCUGGCCCCUGGGGCACAAAGUGCCAUCAACUUAGACUCCCACAGUUUUGAGAAGACGAGCCAAAAUGUUAAAGAUCCUGGGAGGUACACAUUUGAAGAUGCACAGGAACACAUCUACAAACUUAUGAAGAGCGAUAGUUAUGCACGGUUCUUGCGUUCCAAUGCCUACCAGGAUUUACUGAUGAUGAAAAAGAAGACCGAGAAUGAGCAAGGUCGUAGAACCUCCCUAGAAAAGUUCACUCGCAGUGUGGGGAAGUCUUUGACAUCUAAACGCCUCACUGGCCUCAUGCAAUCCUCCUGACAACCCUGGACAGAAAUGCUGUCACUCGGCACCUAACGCCCUCCAGAGAAGGAAUGGUUUUAGGCAAGAAAAUGGGUCACUGUGAAAGAAAAGAGAAAUAAGAAGAAACUGGCAUUCGUCCUGUCUAACUCAGAUAUUCAUCGUCCCUCAGUUGCAUCAACGAUUUUUAGCUUGAGCAGCUUUCCAAUGACCCUAAGUUGCCAAGUACUUUUAUUUUGUGUUUAGAUUGAUAUGUGAGAUCACACAAUGCAGUAAAAGGAGGGUCAGAAAUGGAGGAUGUUUUUAGACUAAAUCAGCAAUAACAGGAGACGACCAGGAUCGAUGUAAAACUGUCCAUCUGUAUUCUCCUCCACAGCUCGCUGCAACUAUUAUCACCACCAAGACAACUACCUUACAUGCGUUCAAGAAAAAAA